AUGCGCGACGCGGGAGCACGGGGUGGAAGUGUGGCGGACCUCAGGUUCUUCGCCGCUGUCGUGUCAGUCUGGGAGCCACCGCCGAGUUCAGUACAGCGCGGCUGAGGUCCCGGCUACAGGCGGUGACCGGGAAGGCUGAUCCGGCCGUUUGCUGGGCGCACUGCCUUCGACGUGGGCGCUAAGUCAGUAGCGAUUGUUAAUGGAGCAAGGUGCCCAUGUUGGAAGAUGCCAGCGACUGCAUAUGAAAGAGUAGUUUACAAGAGCCCCUCAGAGUACCACUACAUGAAAGUCUGUCUAGAGUUUCAAGAACAUGGGGUUGGACUGAAUGUGGCACAGUUCAAACAGCUCCUCGUCUCAGCCCUGAGAGACCUGUUUGGGGAGGUCGGUGCCGCUCUGCCUGUGGAUGUUCUCAUCUACGAUGAGAAGACACUGUCGGCCAUCUUGAGAGUAUGCAGCAGUGGUCUGGUCAAAUUAUGGAGUUCUUUGACCUUGUUUGGAGCCUAUAAAAGCAAGAAGUGUGCCUUCAGAGUGAUUCAGGUGUCUCCCUUUCUCCUGGCAUUAUCUGGCAAUAGCAGGGAACAAGUAUUGGAUUGAAUACUCUUACAGGUCCAGAUAUUUCCACUC